GGAUCUUAGCAACAUCAAUUGUGAAGAGCUUGGUCCAUUGCCUCCUGGAUGGGAGAUUCGUAAUACGGCAACAGGCAGAGUUUAUUUCGUUGACCAUAACAACAGAACAACACAAUUUACAGAUCCUCGGCUAUCUGCUAACUUGCAUUUAGUUUUAAAUCGCCAGAACCAAUUGAAAGACCAACAGCAACAGCAAAUGGUGUCAUUAUGCCCUGAUGACACAGAGUGUCUGACAGUCCCAAGGUACAAGCGAGACCUGGUUCAGAAACUAAAAAUUUUGCGGCAAGAACUUUCCCAACAGCAGCCUCAGGCUGGCCACUGCCGCAUUGAGGUUUCCAGAGAAGAGAUUUUUGAG